CCUGGAUUGGGAGCCCGAGUCCACAGAAGCAAAUCAAAUAUGCCUCUACGAUUACACCUGGCGUCACGCCUGGGUACUUCUACCCGUAAGUAUCUCUUGGAAAGAUUGAUAGCAAAAUAUCGUAUCUAACCAAUUUUCAGUGUGUUUUCGCCCAGCAACGAAACCAAUCACCGGGCCGCUCCCCAUCAUCGCAACCGCAAAUGUCGCAACGUUUAGAGAAAGAAGGGCCAUGAAGGAUCCAUAUGCCUUGGCACAAUCCGCACAAAGAAAAUCAGUAAAUGUGGCAAGACAGAAGGUGCUCCGCGAAGAGAGAAAACAGGCGUUAGGAGACCCAGUUAGAGGUAUACCGACUCCUUUCGUGGAAUCAUUCGACACAGUGGGAGGAUCAACAGCUCUCAAAACCAGAACUGCCGUGGACGGUUCCUACGAGAGCCUUGAGGCUAGAAUGGAAGAUAACGUUGUACUCAACCACUUCCUAACAGCCGCCGAAGUCGAGAUAUCCUUAAAUCGCUCGUUCGAGUUGUCGGAAAUUACGCGGGGGAAGAUAGGAUAUGCCAAUGACCCAAUUCAGGUCGCAAAGGAUGAUGAGGAACAUAAGCAGAAUCACGAGAGAGCGACCAUGGCCAUUGCACGUAUUGUCAGUCUGGCGAAUUCAAGUCAAAAAGACAAGACGAGGGCAAACAUCCAUCGAUGUAUACGGACAUUCGGAAGACAUAACACAGAUCGGACUCUGAGACCUCGAGCGCCCGUCAACCCAGAGAACUUUGGAGGAAAGGAACCAGCAAAGAAGACGCCUCGAGCUGGACCUGAUACUGGAAGUUCGGAAGUUCAGAUUGCUAUUUUGACGGCCAAGAUCAGAGUUCUGGCGAAUCAGUUGACGAAGAAGGGAGGAAAUAAGGACAAAAUUAACAAGAGGAAUUUGCGUGUGAUGGUACACAAGAGACAGAAGCAUUUGAAUUAUUUACGGAGGAAGGAACGAGGUAGUGAUCGAUGGCAGAAUGUUAUCGACACUCUUGGACUGACGGAGGGGACCUGGAAGGGAGAAAUCAGCUUGUAGCUGACUGUAAAUCACUUGUGAAGAUACAUGAGCUUCUGUAAAAUAUUUCUGGGAUACCUAAUGGUACGAAAUAGCCAAAUAUGGCGGGGUCACGAGUACCAAGUUUAAAGCUAGGUAAGAGGAACGAUUAUUGUUCUCCCACACUACCCUUUUCUGUGUGUGAAGAGUAUUCCCAAUAAUCACAAAUACUAUUAUGAAAGAGCUG